AUGGCAGUACAGUACACCAGAUCUAAUAAAUCAAAUAACUUAACAGUUGGUAUUGUAGGUCUACCAAAUACUGGUAAAAGUACAUUAUUCAAUUUUCUAACUAAAAAUUCAGUUCCUGCUGAAAACUAUCCAUUUUGUACUAUUGAUCCUUCACACGGUAAAGUAGAAAUUGAUGAUGUAAGAUGUGACAACUUAGUAAAUAUUUGUAAACCCAAUAAGGUUGUAAAGGCAUGUCUUAAUGUAACAGAUAUUGCUGGAUUAGUCAAAGGCGCCAGUGAAGGAUUUGGUCUGGGAAAUUGCUUUUUGAGCCAUAUUCGUAGCGUCGAUGCCAUAUUUCACGUAGUUCGAUGCUUUGAAGACAGCGAAAUCUUGCAUGUAGAAGACUCUGUUGAUCCCAUUCGUGAUAUAAAGGUUGUUAACGAUGAAUUACGAAAAAAAGAUUUAGAAACGCUUACAAAAUUUCGCGAGAGAAUGAUUAAAGAAAGUAGAGGCAAAGCCUUAGAUAAAAAUUUUAAAGAUAGGUUAGACCUAAUUGAAAGACUUCUUAAGAUUUUAGAAAGUUCUUGGGUUAAUGAACAUCAAUAUUCAGAUGAAGAAGUGUCGUUUAUUUCUACUUUAGAUUUAUUAACUGUCAAAAACGUUGUUUAUUUAGCAAAUGUUAGUGAAGAAGAUUACAAUAAGAAAAAAGCCAAUAAGCAUUUAAAAGCUUUAUUUAAGUUUACACGCAAUGUUAUUGUUUUCAGUGCAAUUUUCGAGCACGAAUCAGAAAAACGAUCAAUAUUUAUUAGCAAAUUGGCUAAAAAAGGAUAUGAAUUAUUAGAUUUAAUAAACUUUUUUACUAUAGGUAAGGAUGAAGUGCGCAGUUGGACUAUUAGACGUGGAUGUACUGCACCACAAGCAGGUGCUGUCAUACAUAGCGAUUUUAUGAAUUAUUUCAUUAUGGCGGAAGUUUGUUCUUAUGAUGACUUAAUUAAACUUGGCUCUGAAGCAGAAGUAAAAAAACAAGGAAAGUAUCAUCAAAGAGGUAAGCAAUACGUUGUAUGUGAUGGUGAUAUAAUAUUAUUUAAACAUAAUCCGCCUACUUCGAAAACUAAAAAAAAGAAAUAA